AUGGUUCGAUGUUCGAAGAAUGUAAUUUUGCGGAUAACGGCUAUAGCGGUAGGAUGUCUGGGGAUGGCAGUGGCUGGUUCCAUAUUCGCCUUCAACGCCUACUCCAAUGCUAUCAAAUUAAGUUUCCGGUAUUCACAAUCUCAAGUUGAAAUGAUGUCCGCACUGAGUAAUUUUGGCAUCUGUCUUGGAUUUCCAGCCGGUUUUAUGUAUGAAAGGACUGGUGCCAGAUGGACGUCUUUUACAUCCCUGAUUUUAACUACGCUGGGAUUUAUAAUGCUGUAUACAACUUACGAUGAAGUCGAAUUCUACCAUGAUAAUCCAUAUUUACAGGAUAUUUAUUUCUUUAUUACUGGAUUCGGUUGUAUUUUCACCUACAUGGCAUGUCUUACUACCAGUAUGCACAACGUCCAUGCUAAGCACAGAGGUAAAAUCGUGGGACUUCUCGAUUCUUCCUUCAGUGCUGGUCCUGCCAUUUUUGCUCUCAUUUACGGCGUCUGCUUUGUAAAUGGCCACACAACAGACGUUCAGAAUCAGGAUUUGAAGGGGUUUUACCUGAUGUCAGCCAUUGCCUUUAUAGUUACAAAUUUACUGGGCGUUGUUUUCCUGAGCAUUUAUUCUACGCAUCCUCCGGAGAGUUCUGAUGACAGAGAGAAGUUAGUUAACAGCGUCAACUUCAUCGAAUCCGCUGAAAAAAGCGUAGAAGAGGUAAAAGACGUGACUGGAUUCGCUUUAUUAAAAAAUGUUGAUUUUCAUUUCAUAUUUUGGCCGUGCGUCAUGUGCUCCAGUCUCCAGCUCAUGUAUAUAAACAACAUUACGACAUAUCUGAGGUCGUUCGAUUACCAGGAUAAAAGUACUUUAUUUACGGUGUUGAAUCCCGUCUCGGCGACAUGCUCCAAGUUCAUUGUUGGUUUUACGUCUGACAUCAUUGCCGAGAAGGUACCAAGGGCUGCCGUUAUAUUAGCCGCCACAGUGUUUCAAAGCAUCGUUCUUGGCGUGUGUGUGUUUUGGGGAGACUCUUAUCCCGUGUUACUGUUAGCCGUUCUUGGCGUGGGUGUUGCGAACGGUGCUACUUGGUGCCUGAGCCCUACGAUGACUAGCGAACAUUUUGGUAUGAAAUAUUUUGGGAUGAACUGGGGUUUAAUGAUGGUUGGGUCUGGUAUAGGUGGAUUGAUCAUGCAGCAGGUGUACGGUUCAUUGUAUCAAGCAGCUAUAGGAGAUCCCAGCGUCACCGAUUGUUAUGGACUACGUUGCUUCCGGUGGAGCUAUGGUAUAGCUGCGGUGAUGAGUCUGUGCUCCGUUCUGCUGUAUGCCGGUCUUCUGGAGGGUCGUAUUAGACAUAAAAGACGAUUAAAUGAAAUCUUAAAGAAAGUUGAACGUAUGCCCCGUGAAACCGCGCGCGACCCAAAGGAAAUAUUUUGA